AUGAAAGAAAUGAACGAAGAAAUAGAAGAAAAAAGGAAACAGAUUGAAGAACAUAAAGAAAAAAAAGAAGAAAAUAAGGAAAAAAAGAAUUGUAGAGAAAAAGAAGAGAAAAAUGAAGGAAAUUUGGAAAAAAAUGAAUUUAAAAAUAUAAAUUUAAAAAUGGAACCAUAUGGAAAAGGUGAUUAUAGAUUAUUAAGAUAUUUACCAGAUGGUUCUUGUGUUUUUGAAGAAAUACCAAGUGAAGAAAAUAAAAAUAAUUUACAUCAAUAUGCUCAAGUGUUUUGUUCAGCUAUGGAAAAAAUUAAUCAAAUAAAAAGCAAAGAUGAAAAUAUGAAAAAUAAUAAAGAAUGGAACAAAGGAGAGGAAUAUAGAAUAUUGGUGGAAAAUGAAUUAAAAGAAUUGAUGGUUUUAUUUGAUAUGAUAUUGGGAACUCUUAAUUAUGAUAAAGGAAGGAAAUAUCUAUCUCUGAAUAAAUGUUAUUAUUAUAAGGAUUCAAAAGAAAACAUACAAGAUUUAUGUAUAUCUGUAACUAGUAGAAAACAACUUUUAGAGAAGUUAAGAAAUUUAUGUAAAAAUGUGAAACUAGAAAUAAAUUCAAUUAAUGGAAUUAUUACACAAAAAUAUUAUCUAUGUUUCAUAAGUCAAUUAAUUAAAUAUUGGAAAAUAAUGAAUAAAAAAUAUGAAGAAAUAGAUUAUAUGCAACUUGAUAGUAAUUUUCCUUAUGUAACCCAAAUAUCUGUAGAAUUUUAUUUUUUACCUUCGGUUUUUUGGAAACUUUCUCCAAAUCCAAUAUUUUUAUCAUGGCCUCCUCAUCCAUCCUUUUCUCCUUUUAAAUCUCAAUAUGCACAUAUUACAUUUUCAUUAAGUAAUUUAGAAAAAGACGAAGAUAUCAAACAUUAUGAAGAAAUCUCAAAAAAAACAGAAGAAAAUACUUUCCAUUAUAAACCAGAGGAAAUUAAAGUAGAACAUAAUAUAGUUACUAAUAUUAAUAAAGAUAAUUUAAAUGAAGAUAACGUAAAAUUAAAAAACAUACAUGAUGAAACAAAAAAUGUAGAUGAUUUAAUAAUAAAAGAAUUUCCAAAUUUUAAUAAAAAAAAUUAUAAUUAUAAUGAUACUUAUAAUACUUACAAUAAUGAUAUUCAUGUUGAUAAAGUGAUACCAAAAGGAGUAAAUGGUGUACCAAAUUAUGAUGAAAAAGAAAAAUAUGUUUUUAGUUUAGAGACUGAACAUAAUACAAUUACAAAUAAUUCUAAUAAUAUAAAUGAUAAUGAAAAUAAAUUAUCUAACCAAAACGUAGAAAAUAACAUAAAAAAUAACAAAACAAAUAAUUAUGACGACACGAAAAAUGAUGAAAAUAAAGAAUUAAACAAAAGUAGUUAUAUAGAAGAUAAAAACAAUUAUAGUUAUUAUGGUUUAAAAAUUAAAGAAGAAGAAAUGAGAAUGUUUAGAUUAUUAGAUAAUACAAGUAUUAUAUCGGUACAAUUUGAAGGAAUAGCUGCUUAUUUAAUUGAAAAUAAUUACUUUAUUCAAUUUGAUUUAUUUCCUUUAAAUGUAAAAUUAAAAGAAAAUAUGAAAAGUACAAAAAAUAAAAAAUGGAAGCAUAUUUUCCCAAAAAAAAUAAUUCCAAAAAAUUUAAUUUUUGAACAAGCUAAAAAAGUUCAUGAAAAAUUAACAAGAGCUCAAUGGGUACUAAUAGAUAAAUCUAUCUUUUGCAUUUUAGCUGAACAAGCGAAUAAUUUAAAAGAUAAAAAUAAUGAACUGGUAAUAAAUUUAGACAAUGUAUCAGAUAUUAAUAAAAUAAUAAAAAUACAUUGUACACAAAUAAAUCAUAAAUCAAUAGAAUUUUUACUUGAUGAUAUUUUAAUCCCGUCAUCAUCUAAUAAAUUUAUCUCGGUAGAUUUUUCUUUUGUUAUUUUAUAUGAACCUAUUAAAAUUUAUGAUUCAAAUGGCAAAUGUAAUAAUAAUAGUAAUAUUGAAUUUAACACUAAUGGUAAUACAAAUUAUUUUUCCAAUAGUAAUAAUGAUAGCAUAAAAUUUAAUGUUAAUAAUAAUGAGCAUGAUGAAAAAAGUGGUUAUACAAUGUUUACUCCUGCAAGAUUCAAUGAAUUAAACAAAGAUAACAGAGAUAAUAACAUGAAAAAAAAAAUAACAAAUGAUUUAGAUGAAAACUAUGAAAUUACCUUAGAUUACGAACUAAUACAAAUGUUUUUAAAUUUAGCUCUUUCAAAAGUAAGAGAUUUAUUUAUUUGCUCAUGGAAAUAUUUUUCUUUUGAAAUUCCAUUUUAUUCAGCUGAUAUACAUCCAAUGGUUUACCAAAAUAUGUUUCCUGAUUAUCGUUCAGAUACAUUAAUUACAAACUUUUUUACAUGGUUUAUUAAAUCAAUGAACACAUAUUUACGCAUAAAUGAAAAAAAAGGAAUUCAAUAA